GAAAGAGACCCAGGAAAAGCCAACGCGACGCCAAAAUCCAUACCUCCUCCUCUUCCACAGGCUGAGAAAGCCGAAGCCGGCCGAAGAAGCGAGGCGACAGGCGACGACAAGUCGCGAACACCCUACGCGCGGGCGCACGCUCGCCUGCGGUAGAGCGAGAGCCGUGGUGGAGUCGCCAGCCUCGCCCACGGAGUCGGCGGUGGGAUGGCGACGCCGACAUCCAUGGCCGGCGGCGAGGGGACGCUCGCCGCGGUGAUGCCGCGGUCGCCGUCCCCGUCGCCGGCGGAGGCGGGGACCUCGGCGGCGGAGACGCCCGUGCUGAUAUUCCUCUACUUCCACAAGGCGAUCCGCGCGGAGCUCGAGGGGCUGCACGGCGCCGCCGUGCGCCUGGCCACGGAGCGCGCCGGCGACGUGGAGGUGCUCGCCGAGCGCUGCCGCUUCUUCGUAAACAUCUACAAGAACCACUGCGACGCCGAGGACGCGGUUAUCUUUCCAGCACUUGAUAUCCGAGUCAAGAAUGUUGCCGGGACCUAUUCCUUAGAGCAUAAAGGGGAAAGCGGUCUAUUUAGCCAGUUAUUUGCUCUUUUGCAAAUGGACAUACAAAAUGAUGAUGGUCUUCGUAGGGAGCUUGCAUCCUGUACAGGUGCUAUACAAACGUGUAUCACUCAACAUAUGUCCAAGGAAGAAGAACAGGUCUUCCCAUUGCUUACAAAGAAAUUUUCAUGUGAAGAACAAGCUGAUUUAGUGUGGCAAUUCUUAUGCAACAUUCCCGUAAAUAUGAUGGCAGAGUUCCUUCCAUGGCUUUCAGCUUCUGUUUCUUCCGAUGAACACCAAGAUAUUCGUAACUGCCUCUGUAAAGUAGUACCUGAAGAGAAACUUCUCCAACAGGUUGUAUUCACAUGGAUCGAAGGGAAAGCAACAAAAAAAGUGGUGCAGAGCUUUGCCGAUUGUAAUUCAGAAAUAAGUCAUAGUUGUGAGGAUGCCCCCUUUGUUGACCAAGGGGAGAAGCUUAUUUGUUCACAUGAUGAGGCUAAAGUUGGGAGUGGAAACACUGCAGAAUCUAAUAACGGUCAAGUUGACAGGCAUCCCAUUGAUGAUAUUUUGUAUUGGCAUAACGCUAUCCGUAAAGAGUUACAUGAUAUAGCGGAGGAGACAAGAAGGAUGCAGCAGUCUGGGGAUUUUUCUGACAUAUCAUCCUUCAAUGUGAGGCUUCAGUUCAUUGCAGAUGUAUGCAUCUUCCACAGUAUUGCCGAGGAUCAGGUUGUAUUUCCCGCAGUCGAUAGUGAGCUGUCCUUCGUACAGGAGCAUGCCGAAGAAGAGCGGCGAUUUAACAAUUUUAGAUGCUUAAUUCAGCAAAUCCAAAUAGCAGGAGCCAAAUCAAAUGCAGUGGACUUUUACUCAAAAUUGUGUUCACAUGCUGAUCAAAUAUUGGAGACAAUUGAAAAACACUUCUGCAAUGAAGAAACCAAGGUGCUUCCUCAAGCUAGGAUCCUUUUCUCUCCUGAGAAGCAAAGGGAACUUUCAUACAAGAGUCUAUGUGUCAUGCCAUUGAAAUUGUUGGAACGUGUUUUACCAUGGUUGGUGUCGAAGCUGAGCGAUGAGGAGGCAUCAUCUUUACUUCAAAAUAUGCGCUUGGCAGCAUCACCAUCUGAAACUGCGCUAGUCACUCUUUUCUCUGGUUGGGCGUGCAAAGCUCGGGACAAGUCCAACUCUGGAGAAUAUUUAUGCUUAACAUCAGGGGUGGUGAGAUGCCUGUUGGAUGAUGUAGAUGAGUUGGAAAAAUGUCAAUCAUUCUGUCCAUGUGCUUCACGGAACAGUACAGAUGGUCCUCUGCAUCCACAAACCGAAAAUGGUUCCAGGCCAGGCAAGCGAGGAAAUGAUGCAGAAUCUUUUUCUGGUACCAAUGGAAGACACUGCUCUCAAACCGCUGACACCGAAGCACGUCCAUGUAGCAAAAAACCUUGUUGUAUACCUGGGUUGAGAGUAGAAAGUAGCAAUCUUGGUCUCAGUUCACUGGCUUCUUCAAAGUCAUUUCGCUCUCUAUCAUACAAUUCUACUGCUCCUUCAUUGUAUUCAAGCCUAUUUUCGUGGGAGACAGAUGCAUCAUUGUCUUGUUCAGAUGGCAUUUCAAGGCCAAUUGAUACCAUAUUCAAAUUUCAUAAGGCAAUUCGCAAGGAUCUAGAGUACCUAGAUGUUGAAUCUGGAAAGCUCAUUGAUGGUGAUGAGUCUUGCCUUCGCCAAUUCAUUGGAAGAUUUCGUUUGUUAUGGGGUCUUUACAGGGCACACAGCAAUGCUGAGGAUGAAAUUGUAUUUCCUGCGUUGGAGUCAAGAGAGACAUUGCACAAUGUGAGCCAUUCAUAUACUCUUGAUCACAAGCAGGAAGAACAAUUAUUUGAAGAUAUAUCUAAUGUUCUCUUUGAGCUUUCACAUCUACAUGAUAGCCAAGGUCAUGCCCAGACUGAAGUAAAAGAAGCAGAGCAAGACUGUUUUCAGUCAUCUAAUGAGAUUAAUUGGGCUAGAAAGUAUAAUGAGCUUGCCACAAAGCUUCAAGGCAUGUGCAAGUCUAUCCGGGUUGCCUUGACUAAUCAUGUCCAUAGAGAAGAACUUGAGUUGUGGCCAUUGUUUGACAAACAUUUUUCUGUGGAAGAGCAGGAUAAGCUUGUUGGUCGUAUAAUUGGUUCAACAGGUGCUGAGGUUCUCCAAUCUAUGUUACCCUGGGUUACAUCAGCGCUCACUCAAGAGGAACAGAACAAAAUGCUGGAUACGUGGAAGCAGGCAACUAAAAAUACAAUGUUUGGUGAAUGGCUAAAUGAGUGGUGGAAGGGAGCUCCAGCAUCAUCUGAUUCUUCAGCAGAGGCGUCCUCCUCUCCAGAAGAUAGUCAUUUGCAAGAUAAGCUUGAACAGAAUGACCAGAUGUUCAAGCCUGGUUGGAAGGACAUCUUUCGAAUGAACCAGAGUGAACUUGAGGCUGAGGUGCGAAAGGUUUCACGAGAUCCUACACUUGACCCAAGACGGAAGGCCUAUCUAAUCCAAAAUCUCAUGACAAGCCGCUGGAUAGCUGCUCAGCAAAAGUUGCCAGAACCAAGUUCAGAAGAGUGUAGUGAUGAUGCCGGUAUACCUGGAUGUGUUCCUUCAUAUCGAGACCAGGAGAAGCAAGUUUAUGGUUGUGAGCACUACAAACGGAACUGCAAGCUUGUUGCUGCAUGCUGCAACAAGCUAUUCACAUGCAGAUUCUGCCAUGAUAAAGUUAGUGACCAUACUAUGGAAAGGAAAGCAACACAGGAGAUGAUGUGCAUGGUAUGCCUGAAGGUUCAACCUGUUGGUCCAAUUUGCCAAACCCCAUCUUGCAAUGGGCUAUCCAUGGCAAAGUAUUACUGUAACAUCUGCAAAUUUUUUGAUGAUGAAAGGACCGUUUACCACUGUCCGUUUUGUAAUUUGUGCCGUCUGGGGAAAGGUCUUGGUGUCGACUUCUUCCAUUGCAUGAAGUGCAAUUGCUGCCUUGGAAUGAAAUUAACAGAGCACAAAUGUCGGGAGAAAGGGCUAGAGACAAAUUGUCCAAUCUGCUGUGACUUCCUGUUUACAUCAAGUGCAGCAGUUAGAGCUCUUCCUUGCGGCCACUUUAUGCAUUCAGCUUGCUUUCAGGCAUACACUUGUAGCCACUACACUUGUCCUAUCUGCUGCAAAUCCUUGGGAGAUAUGGCAGUGUAUUUUGGCAUGCUUGAUGCGCUGCUGGCUGCUGAAGAGCUCCCUGAGGAAUACCGUGAUCGGUGUCAGGAUAUACUUUGUAAUGACUGUGAGAGGAAAGGGAGAUCUCGGUUUCAUUGGCUGUACCAUAAAUGCAGCGCCUGUGGUUCGUACAAUACCAGAGUUAUCAAGACUGACACAGCAGAUUGUUCUACGCCGAACUAAUGAAGGGGAUAAUCUUUCUUAUUUGUAUUUGCUUUUUUUGUAAAUAUAGUCUAACGAGAAAAGAAAAACUUGUUUAGCAUAGCUACCAUAUUUUUCAUUCCGUAGGCAGUUUAUUUUUUGUCAACUGUAGCUUGCAAUCUACUAGAUCUAGUGCAAUAGUUAUGCCAGGCCAGGUAUGUCCUGCCUGCAACGCCGUACUUCCUCCCCGUUCCUCGCACAGAGUAUAAAGUAUGCACAGAUGACGACAUGA